AUGACAGUGCAGCCGAUCCAAGCGCCCCUCUCGCCGUUCAACGUCUUUUGGCUUUUGCAUGUGGUGAUAGAGAUGCCGCUCGGCAUCCUGGCCUUCCUUGCGCCGCAGGAGCUUCCUCUGUACGAGAUCACGCCGACGGUCGUGUACCUCGCUCGCUCACUGGGCGCACUGCUCAUUGCGUCGAGCGUCAGCUCGCUGCUCGUGUUUGCGCUCCCGGAUUUCCUGCCGGGAAAGCGUGCAUUCGCCGUACAGCUCCUGCUCUUCCACGCGGUGAUCUCGGCGGUGGCCUUCCAGCUCGAUCCCCGCGUGGUGCGCGUGUCGCUGCCGGCGUUCGUCACGGACAAUUUGCCGGUGGACGAGAUUCUGGAAAAGGUGCCAGUGACUUAUAUUAUCGGCACGAUCCACGGCCUGCUGUCGUUGCUGAUCACGGUCUGGUGGCAAGCCACCAUCCCCUUGGUCAAGGGCGCCGCCCAAAUGGCGCACGCCAAGUCGGCGUGA